AUGACGACUGCAGACCAAGACAGGAAUGGUAGUUCUAAUUAUCACAAUCUUGAGAUUCAGAAGCUUUUGAAGAAGUUGAACAGACUACCUGUUAAAUCUAUAAAGCAACAGAGUGGAAGUUGCCCAGAAGAAACCAUUCCCAUAAGAAGAAUAAGAAAGGAAGAUAUAUUGCGGGCAAAAUCUUUCCAACAAUUUGGAAAGAAGAAUCUCAAGAACAUCCCUCAAUAUGGAUUUUUUGAAACUCAAACCAAAUACCAGUUUGCUGCAAUCUAUGUAAAAAGAGAUAAAUAUUAUGGAGGCAUGGCAACUAUAACCGUUUGUAAUCCCCAUGUUCAAGAGCACAAUGAAUUUAGUGACUCUCAGAUCUCAAUUCUAAACGAUAACAUCAGUAAAGGUUAUAAUAGCAUUCAAGCUGGUUGGCAGGUCAAUCCCCGGCUGUAUGGAGAUAAUAACACCAGAUUUUUUACAUUUUGGAGGGGUGGUUCAGGUGAAAAUGCUAGUAGGUGUUAUGAUCUUCUUUGCUCUGGCUUUAUUCAAGUGGACCAUCAAGUAGUCGUGGGAGCUGCCAUAGAGCCCUUAUCUGCCUAUGGAGAUAGCAAAUCCCAACAUGCUAUCACCAUCCUUGUCUGGAAGGAUCAAAAGAAUGGAAACUGGUGGCUGCAAUAUGGGCCUGAUGAAGUCGUGGAAUACUGGCCAGCUUCUCUAUUCCCACUUCUGUCUGAGAGCGCAACAACAGUAGGAUGGGGAGGUGAAGUUGUUAGUGGCAACAACCAAACUAUGCCUCCUAAUAACAUUCGCACUCGGGUUGACCAGCCCAACUGUUACAACGUCCAAACUGGCCAAUCUAAUGACUGGGCCAACUACUUCUCUUUUGGUGGACCUCGAAGAAACCCUAGUUGCCCAUGA